AUGAGGUUCUUGUCUGUUAAAAAGCAGUGGGCUGCGAUGAUAGAAAGCGAAAGUUUUAGGGAAACUUACAGAUCCGCUUCGGAGAAGAAACCGAAGAUACUCUUCUCAGCCAGAAUACAGGAAAAGCCCGAGUCUAAGAUAUUCACAUGCCACAGGUUUCUGUCCAUCCUCCAGGAGAAGCCCAACUCGUUGAUCCAAGAGCCAUCUUUACUUGCAGUGUUGAAGCGUGACUAUACCCAUAAAAUUUCUCAACCUACUGGUGGACUACUGUGUUGUUUCCGCCAUACUAAGUCCUUG